CUCCCCACUCUUUCUUCUCCUCUCGCUCUAUUUCCAGUCCAAAUUCAGCUCCUUUUGGACUCGGGAGGUUCCAGUUUACUUCCACCUCCGUUAUGACCACAUCGACCAUAUAUACUGGGGUCUUCAUAUUCGUCAAUUUUCAUGAAUAGGCACCCAAAAAGCUUUACAUAUUCAUUCCAAUAUACCAAGAAGGGAGUAGAAACAAAUAUACCCUUUAAUCCCUUUUCUUUCCCUUGCAAUCCAAGCGCCUCUGUGCGUAGAACUUGAUUGAUGCUGGGGGACUGUUGUUGAAAGUUGUUUGAAGAGAACUAUGGCAUCAAAUCAUGGAAAUACUAACUCAGAACCUGCUACAAAUGAGCAAAUAAUUACUGAAUUUUUCGCGAAAAGCCUUCAUAUAAUACUGGAAUCGAGGUGCCCUUAUGUGUCGUCCCGAAAUUAUAGUGGUGAACAAGUGCUGUCGUCCCCCUCCUCAUCCUCGUCCUCCUCGUCGAUUUUUUGGCCAAGGGAUAAGUGGUUUAAUCUGGCAUUGAAGGAUUGUUCUGCUGCUUUAGAAAAUAUUGAUUUUUGGAGGCAGAGUUAUCUUGAACCGAUGGUUGUUGAUGUGGUUUUAGUGCAGAGAUCAAGCAAUUGGGAUCCUUUGAAUUGUUCUCCGAAAAGGGCGCUUGUUAGAAACUUGUCAUCAAAAGAGACGUAUUAUUGGAAUUCAGAGAAUGAUGAGUAUCGGAAUGAGGUGAUGAGCGAAAAGAUUAUUGAAAGAUGGGUUGUGGAGUACGAGAGUAAGAAGUGUAGUAAUAUUGGUGGUGGUGGUGGGGGCUCUGGGAGUAAGAGGUGGAGUUCCACCAGCUCGCACACUUUGUACAAAAAGUCAACAUUGUUGUUGAGAUCUUUGUAUGUAACUGUUAGGCUUUUGCCUGCUUAUAAGCUAUUCAGGGACCUCAUUUCAUCUGCUCAAAUUGGGAUGUAUAAUCUUGGUCAUCGGGUUUCUUCUUUUGUUGAGCCAUUUACACAUACAGAAGAAGCAGAGAUGCAAAGGUUUGUGUUCACCCCGGUGGACACAGCAUGUGGUAGGCUUUGCCUUUCAGUAUUGUAUCGUUCAUCAAUCUCGGAUGUGAGUUCUGAACCAUCAACCCCCAUGUCUCCACAGUUUAUACCAGACUAUGUUGGCAGUCCAAUGGCAGAUCCCCUUAAGACAUUUCCAUCUGGUCCACUGCCUCAAGGUUCCCCAUCUUUUUCUCAUCUUGGGAGGCGUCACAGCUGGAGUUAUGACUUAUAUAAAGCAUCACCACCUUCUGGAAUCCCAUCACCAUCUCCUUCUUAUUCGGAAUCCCAUGCUACAUUUGCUAAGCCGCACUCCUAUCGUCUCCCUCCAACAGGUGUAACUCGUCACCUGCCCGAUGAAACACCUCAAGAACAUGUGAAAAACACAAAUUAUGAUGAGUAUUCACCGUCCCCUAACUUUUCUAUGUCUCCAUCUCCAUCACCCCCUACGUACACUCCUGGUAUUCAUAUAUCAAACGCUCUAAAACGGUCUGAAAGUGCUCCUGUCAGUAUCCCUGCAAUUAGGGCCUCUGGGAUUCCUCCGUUGUUCUACAAUCAAAUGCUGCCUCCAUCUCCCCCUUUAAGACCUUCCAAAUCCAGUCUUGCUAAAAUGGAUUGCCGUUCUACUCUGUUGCAGGCUGGCUCAACAGUUGACAAGAUAUUCCCUUUUGGGAAAGAUGAAGCUGGAAGAUUGACUGGGGUGAAGAUAUCUUCAAAUAGCUCACCACAAAAAUCAAUCUCUAGAAGCUCUAGCAGGUUAUCAUUUCCAGAUGACUAUGAUGAAUCUGAGUUUUCUGGUCCAUUUGUUGUGGAUGAGGAUGAUAUGACGGACCCAGGUAGCAGACCUGGUUCAUUUGAUCCAGUUGGAAAUCCUUGUGGACAGAAUGACCAUUUAGGAGUUUCUGCUGUUAAAAAAUCCCAAGAUGCUGCAGUUGGUGCACUCGUUUGUAUGCUGAAGAAGGCACCCCCACUUCAACAAGAUUUGCAGAAUUCAGCAAACUUGUUGCAUGGAUCCAGGCCUGAAAUCUUGAAGGCCACAACAAUAGAUCCUAAUCAGAUCUCUGGACAGCCAGUGAUGCAGCAGUCCGCAGCCAUUAGUUCUGCAGCUUCUCUACUCGCACCCAAGACAACAGCUGAUGCGCUAGAAGAACUCCGUGGGUAUGCGGUCAUGAAAAACUCACUGCUGAAGCAAGGUGGAGAUCACAAACAUACCUAGUGUGAUCUUGUGCAAAUAUAGGAAAGCUGAUGAUGGAAAGUAUUAAGAUCUGUACAGCAUUUUGUUGCUGCUAGGGUCCGAGUUGUCAUGCCAUACAGCUUGAGGUUCUGGCCAUUUUUUUGCCUUGUAAAUAUGGUGAGCUUAUAAAAUUUAGUGAGCUAAGUCCAUCCUGCCGAAGGAGCACUGCACUCUGGUACUUAGAUGUGUAUAUAAAAGCAUAUACAUAUGUUGUCUAAUAUAUUUAAGCUGUAUAUAACUUCAUAGGAUUUAUUUGUGCAGAGUUUGUAUAUGAAUGAUUUUUAAAUGCAGAGUUUGGAUAUGGAAA